AUGAACUUAUCAAUUACUUCAAGUGCACCGAAAGCAACACCUACAGUUGAACCCAGAACAAGUUUAUCGCUGCCACCUCAGAGUGGGAAUAUUAAAAAGGCCGAUAGAAACCCACCUCACCGGAAAAUCUCAUCUGAAAUUGGAGCUAUGAAUACUCCUCAAAAACUAAGCAAUAGCUAUGGUGAUAACUAUGGAAUUUGGAAAUUUAAUAACAAAAGAAUAAGGCAACAUCCACCAUACCGUUCAGGUGGAUAUGGAAAUGCUCACAUAAUUCGUCAACUAGAAAUUAACGCUCAACCAUGUUUUAGCACUGAUUAUUCCUCAUAUUUGGAUAGAAGUUUGCCAAUCGAUCCUCGUCGGUUAAGUGAAACCUCCGGACUUACGCAGCAAAUCGUUUCAGAAGCGGGUUAA